UUUUUUUUUUUUUUUUGACAUUAGUUUGUUUAGUCUUCAAGGUAACAUCAACCAGAAACAUAAUGUUGCCAAUGCAUGUAUGCUUAUUCAAAUGAAAUUGGACUUCAUUUUUCAGAAUGUCUACCGAUCCCUCGAAAUAUGUUUUCAACCACACCAUGAUUCGCGUCAAAGAUGCGGAUGCCUCUGUCCAAUUUUAUACCAAUGUCCUUGGCAUGAAACUCAUCACCAAGAAAGACUUUGAAUCAAGCAAAUUCUCGCUUUAUUUCUUGGCGUAUGUGGACAAGGUACCCGAAGAUGAAGAAGAAAAGAGUGUCAUGGCUUUCAGUCUGCCUGGUGUGCUUGAAUUGACACAUAAUUGGGGAACUGAAAAUGACGCUGAUUUCUCUUAUGCCAAUGGUAAUAAGGAACCUGGUCGUGGUUUUGGUCAUAUCGCUAUUCUCGUCGAUGAUAUUGAAAAGGCAUGCGAACGCUUUGAAUCUCUCAAUGUUAAAUUUGUCAAAAAGUUAAAGGAUGGCAACAUGAAGAAUAUUGCCUUUAUUGCUGAUCCUGAUGGUUAUUGGAUUGAGGUAAAACUUUUUCUUUGGCCUAAGCGAAAAAGAGACAAUGGUUAUUCAUGAUCAUGGUGAAGCAUGCCAUUGUGAAACGGGGACUCGCUUAGUCAUCUAUUAUCCUAUGCAUGCGUAUGCUUUCUCCUGGGAGAUAACUCUAAUAGUAUCGCUUUGUAAAGCCUACAUAAGCAAUCCUCAUUCCGCGUGAUCCACGUCAUUUCUUUCAUUUAAAUUUUUUUUCUUUUGCAAAGUAUAAGUAAUAGUGGAGCAGGCACACAUCACAAAAAGUCUCUAUGCCUUUCAUUUCAUCCUAGGCUUGCUGAUGAGGCAUUAAAAAAUAGCCUCUGUAGGACGAUUCUCUUUGAUUUGUAAAGAAAAACCCAGGAAAGAAAGACAGAUAAGUCUCUGUUAUGAUUUAUACCAAUUUAGUGAUAUCCUA